CUUCUUGGGAAGAUGCAGCUGCUCCUGCUCAUGUUGACCUUCUUGCUGUCGCCCAUGGCAAAGGCAGGUAAGAUCAUUGGAGGACAUGAAGCCAAACCCCACUCCCACCCCUACAUGGCCUACCUUCAGACCUACAAUGAUGAGGGUUCUUCAGUGGUAUGUGGAGGCUUCCUGAUACAAGAGAAGUUUGUCCUGACAGCUGCCCACUGUAAAGGAAGCACAAUUACUGUCACCCUGGGAGCCCACAACAUCAAGGAACCGGAGAAGACUCAGCAGGUCAUCACUGUGAGAAAAGCCAUCCAACAUCCAGAGUAUAAUUCUAGAAUUUUCUCCAACGACAUCAUGCUGCUGCAGCUGGAGAAAAAGGCCAAGCUAAAUAGAGAUGUGCAGCUCCUCAGGCUGCCCAAGGCCAACUCCCGGGUGAAGCCAGGUGACCUGUGCCAGGUGGCAGGAUGGGGACAGUUGGCACAAGAGGGAGAAUAUCCAAGCACACUGCAAGAGGUGGAGGUGAUGGUGCAGAAGGACGAAGAGUGUGAGACUCGCUAUAAAGCACAUUACAGCAGUGCCAUUCAGAUGUGUGUGGGGAAGCCAAAAAUGAAAAAUGCUGCCUUUAUGGGUGACUCUGGAGGCCCCCUGGUGUGUAAUAAUGUGGUCCAAGGCAUUGUUUCUCAUGGAGAAUGUGACGGGAAACCUCCAAGCAUCUAUACCAAAGUCUCACAUUUUCUACACUGGAUAGAAAAAACUAUGCAACAUCACUUACUGCAGGGAGCAAAAUAA